CCCCGCCGUGCCGGCAGCGGCUCCCGAGCGUGCCCCGGGCUAUCGCCGCUCCCCCGGGUGGCGGUGCCUCGCCCCGCGGCCCCUCCCGAGCAUCGCCCAUCGCGGAGGCGCGGGGCCGGUACUCACUGUCCGCAUCAGUGCACCGAGCGCGGCUCGCAGCGCCCCGCGCGUCCCGCAGCUCGGGCAAAGUAAUCCCGGCUGCGCUAAACUCCACCAGAGCCGCUCCCGGAGCCCCGCUCUGCCUCUCGCCCCGGCUGCCCGGGACGUUAUUCCCCAGGAAGGCAGGAAAAGCUGCCCAGAAGAAGCGGCGCCCGACCGAAGAUGUUAGAGGAGGCGAAGGGGGGUGGCUUUUUGCCCUCUGCGUGCCUCCGUGCCUGUCAUUCCCUUAUCUUAAUCCUUUAGGAAGGAGUCGCCAGGCAGACAGAGCGUUCCUGGAGGGGCGAUGCUGCCGAGCCCUGCCCCGGGCAGAAGGAAGCCGGGAGAUGCGCGGCCCGGGGCGGGCUGCGGGAGAGUGUGAGAAGCUGCCUCCGCCUGCGCCUUUCCGAGAGGGAAAAAGCAUGGUAAGAGCUGGACCCGAUCCCUGGAGCGCAGCAGGAGGUGGGAUUAUUCCGGAGUAGUUAUGGAGAGCUAUAACCUGGCAGCGGAGUGUUAAAGCGACUCGUCCCUGCUGGAAGAGGAGCCCACUGCGGGCAUCGCCGGCGUCGUGGCCGAGGGAAGGUCACUCGGGUCCUUCUCCUCCUCUCGCCUCUUUCUUCAUCCGGCAAACGACAGAAGAAAAAACUGGUAAUCGACUCUUGCCAGUGUUGGGAAUACCGUGCCUUUUGCCUGGGAUGAUUUGCCCUGAUGUGCCGCUUCAACGGGAUGUACAAAGUACGACUGGGACUGAUCCGGCCAACAAAGUUUGCAGAGUGAUCAGCAGGGGCCGUGGGAUGGAGGGAGCUGGGCACACACCAGCAGGGUCCGUCACGCAAGGUCCGACGGCACAGACCUGCUGCUCCCUUGAAAACUAACUCCUGAUGGUCCAACUCUUACUUCUCCCCUGCCAAUUUACACUUUCAGGGAAAAAAACCCACAUACACGAUGCAAUGCAGUGUUCCUGUGUUGGUUUUGUAUAUAAGAUUUGCUAUGCAAUUCCAAAACUAAAACAGGAGGAGAGACGGCCCUGCAUCCCAGAGCAAACAGGGAAUCAGAGGUGAAAGCUCCUGCUCGUAGAGCUUUCAGGAUGUUGUUCAGGAUGAUUCAAAGAGGGUGAGGUCCGUCCGGGGGCGAAGGGACUGUAGGAAAGGACCUUUGGUCUGUUUGGUGAUGAGUAAUUAACGGACGUCUGAUGUCUCUGAUCUCUGCAAGGAGAGGAGUUGAUGUCGUCAUGAAAAUCAUGAUAUGAUUUUCCCUCAGGAGAAACUAUGACUUGGAACGACACCACUAUGGACGGGGAAGGGUUGCUGGUGGAAAGGGACUCCUCUUCCUUUCGGAUCCUCACGGGCUGCUUCCUCUCGCUCCUGAUCCUCUCCACGCUGCUGGGAAACACUCUGGUCUGCGCAGCUGUCAUUAGGUUUCGCCACCUCAGGUCCAAGGUGACCAACUUCUUUGUCAUCUCCUUGGCUGUGUCAGAUCUCUUAGUGGCAGUUUUGGUCAUGCCUUGGAAAGCUGUGGCCGAGAUUGCUGGUUUCUGGCCUUUUGGUUCAUUUUGCAACAUCUGGGUGGCCUUUGAUAUUAUGUGCUCAACAGCAUCCAUCUUAAACCUCUGUGUCAUUAGUGUGGACAGAUACUGGGCCAUCUCCAGCCCAUUUAGGUACGAGAGGAAAAUGACCCCCAGGGCAGCCUUCAUUAUGAUCAGCGUGGCGUGGACUUUGUCCGUGUUGAUCUCCUUCAUCCCAGUGCAGCUGAACUGGCACAAGGCUACGACCACGAGCUUUUUGGACUUCAAUGCCAGCUUACAGGGUGUAAGCAUGGACAACUGUGAUUCUAGCCUAAACAGGAUGUAUGCCAUCUCCUCUUCUCUAAUUAGCUUCUACAUCCCCGUGGCCAUCAUGAUAGUAACCUACACCAGGAUAUACCGGAUUGCUCAGAAGCAAAUCCGGCGCAUCUCGGCUCUGGAGAGAGCAGCAGUGCAUGCCAAGAACUGCCAGAACCCGGGCGGCAACAGGAGCAGCAUGGACUGCCAGCAGCCAGAGAGCAACUUCAAAAUGUCCUUCAAGAGGGAAACAAAGGUGUUAAAGACUCUCUCGGUGAUCAUGGGGGUGUUUGUGUGCUGCUGGUUGCCAUUUUUUGUGUUGAACUGCAUGAUUCCCUUCUGCGAGCCGACCCAGCCAUCCAAGGGAGCAGAGGCUUUCUGCAUUAAUUCCACCACCUUUGACGUUUUUGUAUGGUUUGGAUGGGCAAAUUCUUCCCUCAACCCCAUCAUUUAUGCCUUCAACGCUGAUUUCCGCAAGGCAUUCUCCACCCUGCUGGGCUGCUACAAGCUCUGCCCCAUGUCUGGCAAUGCCAUCGAGACUGUCAGCAUUAACAACAACGGGGCAGUGGUUUUUUCCAGCCAACACGAGCCCAAAGGGUCCAGCCCCAAAGAGUCUAAUCUGGUUUAUCUGAUCCCACAUGCAAUUAUUUGCCCGGAAGAAGAACCUCUUAAAAAGGAAGAAGAGGGUGAACUGUCAAAGACCUUGGAGAAAAUGUCUCCAGCACUGUCUGGUAUCUUGGAUUAUGAAGCUGAUGUUUCUUUGGAAAAGAUCAAUCCCAUUACACAGAAUGGGCAGCAUAAAACCUGAACAGUAAGGUUUACUCAGCAAGACCUAAUGGUGUAUAUUGUAAUAAUCUUUUUGGGAAAAAAAAAAGAUAGACAAGAUUUCUUUGGUGAGAACCUAAGCUCUAAGGGAGAAAAAUGCACAUUUACACCAAGCCCAGAAUCAAUUUUCCUGGCAUUCAGAGCAAAUUUAACAUUUCAAACAAUAAACAGAAAAAGAUACUGGAAAUUGGUUAUAAAAAAGGAUGUUAAACUGUACUGUUCGCACUGAGGAAAAUCUACAAAUUUAGAUGCAGUGCAGUUACAAAGAAAAUGUUGCUUCUUCUCUGUACAGAGAAACCAAUUUCUAGCUAAAAGUGAGGCAAAAGAUAAAUGUUGAGUAUUUAAAGAUUAAUGUUUACUAGAAGUUAAAAGAUUGCUGUGUCUUGUGAUAGUGGGUGUUAACAGGUCCUAAUUAAAGACUGAGGGAUUGUAAAGGUAGGUAGAUGCCUUCUUAAAAUUAUUUCUGACAAAUAAUUGAGCCUUAUAAUGAGAAUGGUUAUUUUUAAAGCUUUGGGAGGUAAUAUGUUGAUACUGGUUUUAUUUAUUUAUUGUUUUAAAUUGAUAUUUUUCAUAUGUUAUAACAGAUCUAGCUUUAUUUAUGUUAUUUAAGAUGUCUAAAUAAUGGGAUAUUUUUGGAGUGUCAUAACUGCAUUUGACCAGUCAACCAGUCAGCACUUUAUUACAAGCUCUGAUAGUCUCGAGAGCUGGUGAGGGGAAUGGAGGAAUGUUCAGAAGCUCAGCAAGAAAUGAAGGAAUCAACAAAACUGAUGCUGUGUGGAGUUUGUUUGCUUGUGGGCUUUUUUUAUUUUUAAGUGGGAUUUCUUUCAAAAGAUAGGACCAGAGUUGACUGAGUUGCGAAUUCUCUUCCCUUAUAGAAAGAAAAGAAAUUGCUGCUAUUUAUUUUUAAAAAGUUUCAUGUUACAGAGACUUUGCUAGAAUGUCACAUUUGUGGAUCUGUAAAUACCUUAAAUAUGACUACGACCUUAAGAAGAAUCCAGUUUGGGAAGAAAAGCUUCUUAGAUAACAAUUCUUAGUAUAUCGUGUUUUGUAUUUAUGUAAGAUAAACGGCUUUCUCAGACUUUUCUUAUUUCAAGUCUUGGAUAUCUUUUCUGAACAAACACACUGGGUUAUAAAGGUAGGAAGGAUGCCAAAAACCUCGUUAUCACCGGUGUUCCUGCAGGAGCACCCGGACCCUGCUGUCUGUCUGCUCCUCUAUCACAGUCAGAAUUAAAACCUGAGGUACCUGGUGCUUUACUCUGGGAGCUGGGAGGACAUUACAGUUUAGUAAUUGCCAUGUCAAUACUCCAAUCAAUAAGGAAUAGUGCCUCAUUACCAUUUUGGACUAAAACAUUUCUGAAUACGGAUGGAACUGCAGCCUCCAUCUCAAAAUCCUCCUGUGAACUCCCAAAAAGUUGCCAAUGUUUAAUUAAAAAAUCCUGCUACUUUUCCACUGUCCUUCCCUGCUGCUUUCCCUCUGUAAUGCCAAAAGCAAUCAGUGAGCAUUAGCAACAGGAGCACUGGGUGUUAAUAUUCAGCAGCAUUCAAAGAAAUCCAUUUCUUUUCUGAAUGCGAGAAAAUGCCCUUUGGAGCAACUUUUCCAUAACAUAUAUCAAAGAAAAAUGUGUUGUCAGGAAAAGAGAACUGAGAGGAAAAAAAAUUUAAAGUCUAACAAACUAUAUACAUCCUGCAUCAGGUCUGUGUAUUUAUGUAUUGUGAAUGUUUUCAUAAUUUUAUUGCCUGUAUGCUGCUUUCAUACAUAUAAUAAAAUUAUUUUGUGAACAGAAGGUCAAAUAAAGCAAUCUACAUUGCAUUUAUUAAAUACAUGCUGGUU